AUGGCCAGCUCCCUUGUCGGGCAAAUAACAAUAACACCAGUCCCAUUUCGAGGAGUAAAACGGAUGUUGUACAACAACUCGACAGCUGGUACCAGAAAAGCAAGGGUUUUCCCCGACCCUGUCCUUGCAGCUCCAAGAACAUCCUUGCCUUCAAGUAGUGGUGCUCCUUUCUCGUCAGUCUCUUCUUCUUCUUCUUCUUCUUCGUCUUCUUCUUCUUCUUCCUCCUCCUCCUCAUCAUCAUCAUCAUCAUCUUCUUCUUCUUCUCCUACUUGUUCUUCAUCUUCCUCCUCCUCCUCUUCUUCUUCUUCAACUUCCUCCUCAUCCUUUCUAUUUACCUCGUCUUCUUCGCGUUCUUCAUCGUCUUCCUCGCGAUUUUCCUCUUCUUCAACUUGUGGGGCUUUUACAGUGUUCUUUUUGUUGUUUCUGUUUCUCUUGCGCUUCUUCCUUGUGUGGUCGGUGGCUCUGUUCAGAAGAUGUGAUCGCUCCUCUUCAGUGACGUCCAUUGCGGCGGCGGCGGCCUCAUGGGCACGCGAGGCUUGGGCAUGCUGCCAUGCGCGGCGUGAGGCCUGGAGCGCUCGGGCAUCUUGCGACAUAGGUCACGCGCGUGAAACUCGCGCGACACUCGCGUUGCAUCGUGGGGCGACGGGUCUUGUGGCACGAGGUUUGAGUGAUGGCAUGCGGGCAUUCGCGGGUUUGCUACGGGGUCGACUCGGGGCUGCACGGUUCUGCACAACGCGUGCUACGGGAGGCCUGGGUUGA